AUGUCUCUCAAAACCAAGAUCGUCCAGCCGGGCAUGUUCAAGUCGGGCCCAUUCAGUCUGCCUAUCCCCGACCAUCCCGUGAUAGAAGGCGAGACUAUCCCGCGCCGCAACGCAAAUUACAUCGACCGGCUGAUCUCCCGACCCGACGAGUCCACGGCGACGCUGUACGACGUGCUCCUGCGCUCCUCCACCAAAUUCGGCGAGCUGGACGCGAUGGGCUCGCGGAAACUCCUCAAGACGCACGUGGAGACGAAGAUGGUCACUCAGCUCAUCGACGGCGAAGAGAGGCAGGUCGAGAAGACCUGGACCUUCUUCGAGCUGGGAGGCUACGAGUAUGAGACGUUCGGCGGCUAUUUUGAGCGCGCGUGUCAGAUUGGCGCAGGGUAUCGCAAGGUUUUAGGCUCGGGCCCGGGGUUAAGGGUGCACAUUUUUGCGGCAACGAGCGUUGUUUGGUCUGAAAGACGAAGAGAACUGACGCCUGCAAAUAGUGCAAAUUGGCUGGCGGCCGCUCAUGGCGCCGUCACGCAGUCGAUGCCGAUUGUUACGUCGUACGCGACCCUCGGCGAAGAAGGGCUCGAGAUGUCUCUCGUCCAGAGCCAUGCCAAACUCAUCUUCGUCGACCCGGAAUUACUGACCAAGUUGAUCAAGCCGUUGAAGAAAGCGACGGAGCUGGAGUGGGUCGUCUACAACGACCAGCUGGAGGUGAAAGAGGAGGAUAUCAGCGCGCUGAAGAAUGCGCAUCCGGGGAUCACUAUUAUGCCGCUGGAGAAAUUGAGAGCUUUGGGCCAGGAGAACCCAGUAGAAGCUGUGCCGCCGAAGCCGGAGGAUCUCUGUUGCUUGAUGUACACGUCGGGGACGACGGGUGCGCCGAAGGGUGUUCCGUUGACGCAUCAGAAUAUAAUCGCUUCAAUUGCCGGUCUCGAGUCCAUGUUUACGGAGUACGUCGGUCCCGCCGACUCGGUACUAGCCUACCUCCCGCUCGCCCACAGUUUCGAGUUCGCCUUCGAGAACGCAUGUCUCUACUGGGGCGUGAAAAUGGGAUACGGCAACCCGAAGACGCUUUCCAGCCUCUCGGUGAAGAACUGCCAAGGCGACAUCAAGGAAUUCCGUCCCACGAUCCUGGUCGGUGUGCCUGCCGUCUGGGAAACCAUCCGCAAAGGCAUCGAGAACCGCGUGGCAGGAAUGAGUGCUCUGCAGAGUCGGGUCUUCUGGGGGGCUCUGACGGCCAAGGCGUGGUGUUGCGAGAAGGGGCUCAUGGUGCCUGCCGGCUGGUUUGACUCGUUAGUCUUCAACAAGAUCAAGAUGGAGACGGGUGGUAGGCUGCGGGCAUGCUUCAAUGGUGCUGGGCCGCUGGGCAAGGAGACGAGAAGGUUCAUCUCUUACGCUUUGGUGCCCUUGAUCAGUGGCUAUGGUCUGACAGAGACAUGCGCUAUGGGAGCCCUCCAAGACCCGCUCGAAUGGACAGAUGAUACACUAGGUGAUAUUCCCGGCAGUAUCGAGAUCAAACUCGUCGAUUUCCCCGACGCUGGCUAUUUCUCCACCAGCGAUCCUCCUCAGGGCGAGAUCUUGAUCCGUGGCGACUCGGUCAUGGCGGGGUACUACGAGAACGAAGAAGAGACAGCGGAGGCAAUGGCACCCGGCGGCUGGUUCAGGACAGGCGAUAUCGGAGAAUGGGCCCCGAAUGGGCAUCUGAAGAUCAUUGAUCGCAAGAAGAACUUGGUAAAGACCCUCAACGGGGAGUAUAUUGCGCUUGAAAAGUUGGAAUCAACCUACCGGUCGUCAGGGAUCGUACUGAAUCUGUGUGUGUACGCGGCUGCUGAUCGCAGCAAGCCCAUCGCGGUCGUCAUCCCGGCACCGGUCGCACUGCAACGAGUAGCUGAAGAGAAUGGCAUCGAGGGCAAGACUUAUGAACAACUCGUUCACGACGACAGGAUCAAGAAACUUGUGCUGAAGGAGCUGCAAGCGACGGGGAAGAAAGCGGGACUGGCCGGUUUCGAGAUCCUAGAUGGUAUCGUCUUGACCGAUGCCGAGUGGACGCCUCUAAAUGGAUUCCUGACCGCGGCGCAAAAGUUGAGCAGGAGGAAGAUUGUGGCGGCGUAUGAAAAGCAGAUUGAUAUUGCUUAUGGAAGGAAUACGUCUCGUUCGUGA